CACAUCCUGCAUCGGAAGCCACUUCAACCAGCAGAAGCUCUUGGACAGGACAAGAUGUCCGGAGAGAUCUUUUACUCUGUGGAUAAUCUCUAUGACCUGGACAGUGCCAACUGCCAUCCUCUAGUGUGCCACUUGUGCCAAGAGCAAUACGAGCAUCCAUGUUUACUGGACUGUUAUCACACGUUCUGUGCCAGUUGCCUGCGUGGAAGAGUCGCGGACAGCCGUCUGACUUGCCCUGUAUGUGGACAUCAGUCUGUUGUAAAAGGAAUCAAUGCACUCCCUCCUGAGGAUCGACUACUAAAGUUUCUGGUGGACAGUUCAGCGGACAGCGAGGAAACUGUGCAGUGUGCAAACUGUGAUUUGGAGUGCAAGAAACAGGAUGUGGAUGCAAUGUAUUAUUGCAACACUUGUUGCCAGCCACUGUGUCGAGACUGCAGGGAAACCACCCAUAAAGCCAAGAUGUUUUCCCGCCACGAGAUCGUCUCCUUGGCAAAACGUACCAAAGAAGCCCACAAAAAAUGUGCCCUCCAUGAGGAAUUCUACAUCAUGUUUUCUACAGAGAAAAAGUCCAUGCUCUGCAUCAACUGCUUCAGAGACAUGCAAGUGGAAAGCAGAGCACACUGCAUUGAUAUUGAGACAGCAUAUAUACAAGGCUGUGAAAAACUGGACCAAGCCGUCUUAGCAGUGAAGGAGCUUCAGAUGUCAGCGCGAGAGGCCAUUAUUCUGCUCAAAGCCAUGAUUGGAGAGGUCAGAGCCAAUGUGGAUGAAGAAGAGAGCGCCAUCUGCACACUUUUCAGUAACAUGCAGGAAAAACUAGCAGAAAGAAAAAAGAUUCUACUGAAGGCAGCACGGAGUCAGCAUGAAGAGAAGGAGAGAACCUUUAAAGAGCAAUUAUCUCAUCUUGCUGCACUCCUGCCAACUCUCCAGGUUCAUCUUGUUACAUGCUCUGCCUUCCUAAGCUCAGCAAAUAAGUUUGAGUUCUUAGACAUGGGAUAUCAAUUAAUGGAGAGACUAAAGAAGAUUGUGAAACUACCACACAGGUUGAGACCAACACAGAGCAGUAAGAUCAACACAGAGUAUCGCUCUGAAUUUGCUCGCUGCCUAGAGCCGCUGCUGCUGUUGGGUCAACGGCGCUCAAUGUCUACCACAGGGAGCGUGGCUUUAGCUUUGGGAAAUGCCAGUGGACUGAUGCAGUCAUCUCUUUCAGUGCAGUGUCACUCUCCUGCUAUGAGUGACAUGUCGCUGUGCUCAUCGGUGGUGCGCAGGCCGACCUCACACCGCUACAUCAGCACCAAGGUUUUGCUGGCCAAGGGUGGAGAGACGCCGUUUAUGGAGCACUGCUGCAACUAUGAGAACAGCUACAGGACUUUACAGACAGAGAUCCAGAAGCUGAAAGACCAGGUGCAGGAGAUUCACAGAGACCUGACCAAGCACCACUCCCUCACCAAACCUGACAGCAUGAGUGAGAUUUUGGAGAAGUCAGUACAGGUGGACAGUCAGAUCUCCUCCGAGUAUGCUUCAGUGGAGCUCAUGCGGGCCAUGUUCGAGGAGAUCUGGGAGGAGACUUUACAGAGAGUGGCAAAUGAACAGGAGAUUUAUGAAGCGCAACUUCAUGAUCUGCUUCAGUUAAAACAGGAGAAUUCCUAUUUGACAACAAUCUCCCGACAAAUAGGUCCCUACAUCCGCUCUAUAGCAAAAGUGAAGGAACGUCUGGAGCCAAGGCUGAAGGAGCCUAAAGAACUCAAGGAUGAUCGCACAGAGAUCAUGUUGAAGCUCUAUGAGGACAGCACGUCUACAGCUGACACACAGCCAAGUAAUGAGCUAUCCUGCAACACUGAAGACAACUGGACUCUAAACAGCCUAUCAGAAGAGACCAAUCCUAAAAACAAGGAUUACUACAGGACAAACAAGCAAAAGAACACCACAGAUUCAACCAAUCGCAAAGAGAUUCCAAUGUGAUAUGUCAGCUUUGACAAUUGUAACCACAAAAAAAAAUCUAAUACACCAGUUUGAAAGACCUACACUGCCGAGGCCAAAAAAAAACUUCCACGACUGAGUUUAGCAUGAUUCACAGUGGCUCAGCUCUGAGAUCUGUAGAUUUAAUUUUACAGUAUGUGUUUUGUCAAACUAUGUUAGACAGCCUAAUGUUAUGUAAUGUCACUAAGUGUAUUUCUAUCAAAAUUAGCAUUUAUUUUGCCAAAGAUAUUGUAGACCUUGUUCUAAUAAACCGGAAGCAUGUCUACUGUCUGAUAUCAGUGGUGUGAAGUAACAAAUUAUAAAUAGUCAAACUACUGUAAUUGAGAAGAUUUUUCUUAAGAAUUGUAAAUUACUAAGUAGUUUUAACAACGUGCACUUUUACUUCCUCUUGAGUACAUUUUUAGUGCUGUAACAGUACUUUUACUCCACUAUUUUUCUUCCUCCUGCAGUCACUACUAUUUUUUCCUGUCUAUGAAGAUAAAAAAAUCAGUCCUGCGAUUCCUGUCCAAUCAAAUCACACAGAGAAAGUAAAUUGCACCAUACUGAACAACCGCAUGAUGUGGGUGAUUUAUAAUUGCAGCAAACUGUUUGGAAAUAUUAAAAGUGUCCAAGAAC